AAAAAUCAUUCUUGUUUCGACUGUCGCCAAUUCGUGAUUCUAAUUCACGUUUGUACAUAAUAGUUGAAUCCCAUCAAUUUGCGUAAAUAGUACAAAUUUAUAAGUUUUAUAAUAGAGGUUAACCACGUAUAACCUUUGCAUUAGACAACCAAUAAAAAACACCUUUAAGAAAUAAAUUGGUAGGAACUUUGUCGAGUCCUUUGGUUUAUGAGCUGUGAUGGACUACUGCAACAAAACAAUCACAAGCAAGAAGUUGAUGAUGGAAGAAGGUUAUAAAUGAUUUUGGUACUACCUCUUGAGUGUUGUACUACAGUUAACCUUGUUGGUCGUUGAUCGACAACCAAUUUAUGUCCAUGUUAUCGGUGACAUGAGCACAAAUAAGAGACGCGGGCCCAGCAGUUCCAGUUGCGCAGUUCCAGGUGUUCCUGCGCUUGUUAACGUACCGACCGCCAUGUCAGCUGACCUGGCCUCUUUAUUUGAAUGCCCUGUUUGCUUCGACUAUGUCUUGCCACCGAUCCUCCAGUGCCAAAGUGGACAUCUUGUCUGCUCAAGUUGUCGGCCGAAACUGUCGUGCUGCCCAACCUGUCGCGGUCCUCUUGGAAAUAUUCGAAACCUUGCCAUGGAAAAAGUCGCAAGCAAUGUCAUGUUUCCCUGUAAACACUCUAACACUGGCUGUACAGUAACCCUUGUGCACACUGAAAAAGCAGAGCAUGAAGAAGCCUGUGAAUUUCGGCCAUAUUCCUGCCCUUGCCCUGGAGCAUCUUGUAAGUGGCAAGGAGGACUAGACCAAGUAAUGCCACACUUAAUGAUGUCACACAAAAGUAUAACAACUCUUCAAGGUGAGGAUAUUGUUUUCUUAGCUACAGAUAUAAAUUUACCUGGAGCUGUUGACUGGGUCAUGAUGCAGUCUUGUUUUAAUCACCAUUUCAUGUUGGUACUUGAAAAGCAAGAAAAGUUUGAUGGUCAUCAACAGUUCUUUGCAAUAGUACAACUUAUAGGAUCUCGAAAAGAAGCUGAGAAUUUUGCAUACAGAUUGGAAUUGAAUGGACAUCGUAGGAGGUUAACAUGGGAAGCAAUGCCUCGUUCUAUACAUGAAGGUGUCUCAUCAGCAAUUAUGAAUUCUGAUUGCUUGGUAUUUGAUACUUCACUUGCGCAACUCUUUGCAGAUAAUGGUAACCUUGGUAUAAAUGUUACUAUCUCAAUUGCCUAAUCCGCAUUUCAGUGCCUGCACAAAUGUUGCAGAGAUAGUAUGAACAAUGUACAUUAGUAAACAGUGUUUCUUAAAGACAUAUAUAUAAGAGACCAUUAUUUUAUGUUUAGUGCAUCCAUUGGCAUUCACAUGUUUGACUCUUUGAUAUCUUUUAUAUGUAUCUAUAUAUGAAAAAUGCCAAAUAUGCUUUCAUUUUGUAAUUAAUGUGUGUUCAAGUUAGUGAUAAGUAGGAAAAAAUUAUAUGUUGAGAUCAUAUUACAGUGUAAAAUCUAUAAAUUUUUUUACCAAAAUAAAAUACAAAUCAACAAUUAUUACCACUUAGCUUAAGCCACUAUAAUGGCAUGCCUUCUAUGUAUUGUAAAAAUAUAUAUUUUAAAAAAUACAGUUUAUUUGGAGUUAGACACUGAUUAUUUUUGUUAUCAAUAAAUUAUCCCAGUAUCUUAUAAUUUUAAUAGUAUCUUAUAUUUUAAAAAGACAAGAUUUUACAGUGUUAUAUGACCUAACAAUUUGUGUGAACAAGUGAUCGUAAUAUUCCAAACAAAGAACAAAUAUUUUAAAAUUGUAUUAAUUUGUGUAUAUAAUGCAUGAUUUCUAAGCUCGUGUUAAUUGAUAUUGUGAUGCUUCUAGAUGCUGGCUUCAACUGAGUUGAAUCACAAAUUUAGCUGUGAUGCAAAAUAUAGUCAGAAAAAGAACGAAUUGGCCUUAUUUUAUUAAGAAAUGAGAACAUUCUGUCAUGUUGAAAACUAAGAUACUAUUUUGUUUAAUAUAUCCAAUGUGAAUUGAAAACUCUGUGUAGAAAAAUGACUGUUGUAGAUAUUAACAUUAAUCCUAGAAUCUAGUUAGUAGAAGUUAGUUUAAUAUUUAAAGUAUUGGUUGCUGAAUGUUUGGAUGUGAUUUUACACUAAAUAGUUCACAUUAUAGUUCUACUAAAUAUUUUUGUUAAAAGUUUAAACAAUGACAGUGAAUAUAUCCAUGGCACGGUGAGCAUUAUUAUCCUGACUUAAUAGAAAAUAGUCAUAUCUAAUAAGAGUCUUCUCAAUCAUUCUGUGUGCCAAAUCAUACAGAAAACCUUGUAUUUAUUGAAGUGUGGGCACUUUAAUAAUUUAGGUUAAAUUUCACAUAUGCUACAGAAAAGAAGUCGACUAGUUUUUGCAUCUCAAAACCAAUUAUAGGCAUCACUAUAUUUAGCGAUAAGUUGAAUCAAAUAUGUAACGCUGAAUAUUUAUCUUUUAUAUAAAUUGCAAGAGUUGCAAACUUAUUGUAUGUAAAAUGACUAGUGUAUAAAAAUGGUUGUCUCAAAACUUAUUAAAAGGUUAAUUGAUUUGUGCAUUACUUCAAUCUCAAACAAGAAAUGUUUUAUAUGCCUCUAUUAAUUUUAUCUACUUUAUUCAUGUUACUUAAAUUUCUUAAAGUAAAUUUUAGGGUAUAUUUUAUCAUCAAU